CUCUUUUCUAACCAACCGCCCAAACCCACCCAAGGAUUCAACAAUUCAUUUUUAGCAAGAGAGCUCAAGUAAAAUAGAAAGGAGGAAUAAACUAAGAUCAAGAAUUAAGUCAAAGUGCCAAACGCACCGUGCUCCUGUGUUCUUUCUUCGUGUUAUGAUUAUGGAUUCCGCCGAAAGACCAGAUUCCGGCAACGGCCCUCCGCCGCCACCAUCACCACCGUCACCCGGCCGGAAAAAAUUCAAACCAUUUUAUCUUCUAUCAAUCUUGAUACUGCUUUUAGCAAUUUCAUUCAGCAUCAUCCAAACCCACCACUACAAAAAACUCUUCCUCAAAUUAACACUUUCACCUCACCUCACUUUCCUUCAAAAUUUCAAGAAACAAAAUUCAAGAAACCCCAUUUAUACACCGCCUUAUUGUGUCCUAUGGAUGGCUCCAUUUCUUUCAGGUGGUGGGUACAGUUCUGAGUCUUGGUCAUACAUUUUAGCUUUACAUAAAAAUCCAAUCUUUAAGUUGAAAAUUAAGCAACAUGGGGAUCUUGAAAAUCUUGAAUUUUGGGAGGGGUUGCCAUUGGACAUGAGGAAUUUGGCUAUUGAGAUGUACAAUACAGAAUGUAAGUUGAAUGAGACUGUUGUGAUUUGUCAUAGUGAACCUGGUGCUUGGUACCCUCCACUAUUUGAGACAAGUCCAUGUCCACCACAAAUUGGUUAUGGGAAGUUUAGGGGUGUUGUUGGUAGGACUAUGUUUGAGACUGAUAGAGUUAGUGUUGAGCAUGUUAAAAGGUGUAAUGGUAUGGAUUUUGUUUGGGUACCUAGUGAGUUUCAUGUGAAAAGUUUUAGUGAAAGUGGGGUUGAUGCGUCGAAGAUUGUUAAGGUUGUUCAGCUUGUUGAUCUUGAUUUUUUUGAUCCAAGGAGGUAUGAGGCGUUGGAUUUUGGUUCGAUAGGGAAUUUAGUGAUGGGUGGGGGAGAGUUGGGGAGAAAGUUUGUGUUUUUGAGUAUUUUCAAGUGGGAAUAUAGGAAAGGAUGGGAUGUUUUGUUGAGGGGUUAUUUGAAGGAGUUUUCGGGUGGUGAUGAUGUUGCUUUGUAUUUGUUAACGAAUCCGUAUCAUUCUGAUAGGGAUUUUGGGAACAAGAUUGUUGAAUAUGUGGAGAAGUCGGAUUUGGAAGAACCGAAAGACGGUUGGGCGCCAGUUUAUGUUAUUGAUGAACAUAUAGCUCAGGUUGAUAUGCCUAGGUUAUACAAGGCUGCUAAUGCAUUUGUUUUGCCAUCUAGAGGGGAAGGUUGGGGUAGGCCUAUUGUGGAGGCAAUGACAAUGACUUUGCCCGUGAUUGCUACAAAUUGGUCAGGGCCAACUGAAUUUAUGACAGAAGAGAAUAGCUACCCAUUGCCUGUCGAUAGAAUGAGUGAAGUCACGGAAGGGCCAUUUAAGGGGCAUUUAUGGGCUGAACCUUCGGUUGAUAAGCUGCAAAUGCUAAUGAGGCAUGUAAUGAGAAAUUGCGAGGAAGCUAAGGCCAAAGGUAAGCAGGCAAGAGAUGAUAUGAUGAGUAGGUUUUCUCCUGAGGUUGUUGCAGGCAUCGUUAGUGAUCAACUCGAACGGAUUAUUGAUCAUAAACAAUGAUUGUUAUGUUCCCUUUAGGAUCAACAAGAGUAGAUUGUACAUUUUACUGCAGCAACAACAUUUUUUUGGUCACUGUUUCUUCAAGGAUUAUUGCUCUGGUGGACUUUAUCCUGGUAUUCCUAUGCGUAUAUUGUAGACCGAUUUCCAUAAUAGAUGGAGACGGCAAAGACAUGGAAGCUGACGGAUCUAAAUCUGGAGGGAAAAGAGGUUCUAAUCGAGGAUAAUGCCUCGGAACUCGGAAGGUAUUAUAGCCUUAUCAACACUCUUAUAUGUUCUCAAAUGGAGUUGCAGUUAGAUAAGUAUACAUUUCUUUGCCAAAACCAGAAUUGUGUUGGUAAUCUAGUUUUGUUCUUUUGAUGAAUAUCAAUACAACAAAUGUCUAUUUUAAAGCUUAGAGUUAUAUCGCGUGUUAUGCUGCGGGUUGUUGGUUUUUAGUAGUAUGAGAGGAAAGAUAUGUCACAACAAUAGCUACAACACCAAGGGCAUGCUUAAUCACAUCCAACACUGAUGAACUGCGAAUAUCCAAGUAUGGAAGGAGGUAAGCAAAGAAACCUCAAAACUAUCCAAUUUGCUUCAUUCACUACAUCAGCAAUUUGUUGCACAUUUAGUUUAUAUAAGUCUAAUAGAACAAGUUUGAACCUAUAAUGAGCUGCCAAUGUCAAAGAUGGUUCAAAGAAAAUGGCAAAUCUGGUUGAGCUGAUCAUACAAAUUUAGUUGUUACUUUCAACUGUCAAUUCAAUUAAGAAUGUCUUGCUUUGAUUCAGAGGGUUGGUCCAUCUUUUGUUUCAGUGUUCCUUCUAGCUGUGAUGAUUUUAUUUUAGACAUACUCGCUCCGUUAUGGGCUUAUUUUAUCAAAUUAGCCUUAUUAAUUA